AAUAUUAAAAUUAAGAGGGGCUGGAGAGGGUUUUGCCAAUAGUAAAUGAAACAAAAUGAUCCUAUGCAAAUCUCCCUUAACCAAAUCCAAAUCCAAAUCCAAAUCCAAAUCCAAAUGGACGAUUCUCCUUCCAUUUCGCGAAAAACCCGUUUUGCAUUAACCACAGUUGUCUUCAUUGCAUUGUUCUUCUUCAGCAUUGUUCUUUUCAGUAAACGCACGCUUGAGCCCUCCAUUUCCGUUUACCAGGAAUCUUUUUCAGUCACCACAUCUCACAUUCACUCUUUAGUUCCCCCUUUUCCCGACCCACCACCGCCUUCUCUGCCGCCACCGGCUGGCUCAGAGCCGCUGAACUUAUCAACCCACCAAGACCCCAUUCCUUCAAUUUCUCAAACUGUUAAGCUUGACUCUUCUUCAAAUGCCACAAGCGUGGAUGAUCCGUUCUCUGCCCCAAAGAAGCAGAACCCACCUGCUGGUAACGGAGCUGCUCCAGAGAAACGGAACCCACCACCGCCAAAUAACGGAGUUGUUCGCAAGGGUGAAGUGAAGAAGAGGGAAACCUGUGAUCUUUACACUGGGACUUGGGUGAGAGAUGAAGAGUACCCAAUUUACAAACCGGGUUCUUGCCCUUACGUUGACGAGGCUUUUGACUGUCAUGGCAAUGGAAGGAAAGAUUAUGAUUACUUGAGAUGGCGGUGGAAGCCUGAUGGCUGUGAUCUUCCUAGGUUUAAUGCUACGGACUUCUUGGAGAGACUAAGAGGUAAAAGACUGAUGCUGGUUGGAGACUCAAUGAACCGCAAUCAGUUUGAGUCAAUCUUAUGCCUCCUCUUCAAAGGCCUUACCGAUAAGAGCAAAAUGUACGAGGUCAAUGGCAACAAAGUAUCAAAAGGAAGAGGGUACUUUUUAUUCAAAAUCAAGGACUAUAACUGUACAGUGGAAUUUGUAAGGUCUCAUUUUCUUGUACGACAAGGUUCUCGCACUCUAUCGUUAGAUUUAAUUGAUAAGUCAUCUCGUAAAUGGAAGCGGGCUGAUAUUCUCAUUUUCAAUACCGCCCAUUGGUGGGUUCAUGGAAAGACUGCCCGAGGGAGAAAUUACUACAAAGAAGGUGAUUAUCUUUAUCCGAAAUUUGAUGCUAUGGAAGCUUAUCGAAGAGCUUUGAAGACCUGGGCAAAAUGGAUCGAUGACAAUAUUAAACCCACAAAACAAUUGGUCUUCUUUCGUGGAUACUCUUCUGCUCAUUUCAGAGGUGGAGAUUGGAACUCAGGCGGAACUUGUCAUGGGGAAACCGAACCAAUUUUGAAGAGAGGUGCCUUUCUUGAAACCUAUCCUCCAAAAAUGAAAAUAGUGGAAGAAGUGAUUCGGGAAAUGAAGUUUCCCGUGGCACUUUUAAACAUAACAAGAUUGACUAACUCUCGAAAGGAUGGCCAUCCGUCAAUCUACCGCAAGGGAUUGACAGAAGGGAAAAAAGUUUCUUCAAGGCAUCAAGAUUGCAGCCAUUGGUGUCUUCCCGGAGUUCCCGAUACCUGGAAUGAGCUAAUCUAUGCCAAUUUGUUUUUCAACGAACAAUUUUCAAGAGAAGCCCUGUACUAAGAGUCAGAUUGUAUUUUGUUCCCUUUACUAAAAAAUGGGCUAGUUAGUCCCUGUACAUUAAAUCAAAGAACAUAUUGGUCCUUUUUGUUAAGAAUUUCAUCCAUUCCUACUGUUAAAAGCCGUUGUGAUUGAUGGAGUAAUUAGACAGCUAUACGUGGCAUGUUAUGUAUAUCUUAUGUUGACAUACAUGGGCUAGUUUUUAAGAGUAAAAAUGGAUGAAAUUUUUAAUAGAAUGACAAAUUUAUUUUUUGAUACAAGGACUCUUUCGUCCAUUUUUGGAAUAGAGGAGGUAGAGUGCAAUCAGCUUGCUAGUAGUACAAGAGUCUUCAUGAUAUUUUUACUGUUCAUAUUCUACACUGUUUGCAACAGGAUAAACUUGCACCAGUCUAGGAAGGACAAUGAACAAAUGUAUAAUACCCAUUUCCGGAAAUGAAACUGAUGGGUAAUAUGGAAACUUUGUCCAGUUCGAUAACCCGGGAGUACAGUUAGUUACUGGAAUUUCAAACGAGUUACUCAUGUUUUCCGUAGGAAGUGGUUGAGUGAAGAAAAAUCCAUGCAUGAUUGUCAAACACAAUCCAGGUACAAAACCACAAGAGUAAUAUGAACACUUGUCAAAUUUCUGUUCAAAAUUCAAUUAGUUGUAGCCAAUUCCAUGUACCAUCUUUUAGUUGUAAACAAUCAAACCUUAUCUUUGAAUGGAAAGCACAUUUCACAUCA